AGGGCAGACUAAACUAAUCGCUCGCUGAGGCGACUCCAUCGACCCCCACGGCAGAGGGCGGAAGCAACUCUGAAGCCACGUGGGACGAGGCGCUGCUGAUUCUGGAGAGAGAGAGAGACAGAAAUAUCACAGCCUUUGAAAUGGCGCAGCUUCAGGCUCGCUUCUUCACUGAGGACACGAAAUACGUAGUGGAUGAUGUUCCUUUCUCUAUCCCAGCUGCUUCUGAAGUUGCUGAUCUCAGUAAUGUUAUCAACAAAUUGCUGGAAGCAAAAAAUGAAGGCCACAAAUACGUGGAAUUUGAUUUCCUGAUCAACGGACAGUUCUUGCGCAUGUCCCUGGUCAGGCACAUGGAAGCGGAAAAUAUCUCAACUGAAGAAGUAGUAGCCAUAGAGUAUGUUGAAAAGUACACUGCUCCUCAACCUGAAGAAUGCAUGCUCCAUGAUGAUUGGAUCAGUUCUAUUGAAGCUACAGAAGAAUGGAUAUUGACAGGCUCCUAUGACCAGACAUCUCGGAUUUGGUCCGUAGAAGGCAAACCUAUAAUGACACUUGCCGGACAUGUGGAUGUGGUUAAAGAUGUGGCCUGGGUCAAAAAAGAUAGUUUGUCAUGCCUGCUGCUUAGUGUAUCUAUGGACCAGACUAUCCUGCUGUGGGAAUGGAAUGUAGAAAAGAACAAAGUGAAGGCCCUUCACUGCUGCAGGGGACAUGCAGGAAGCGUAGAAUCUGUCGCUGUGGAUGGCUCAAGGACUAAAUUUUGCAGUGGAUCCUGGGAUAAGAUGCUAAAGAUCUGGUCUGCAGUGCCUACAGAUGAAGAGGAUGAAAUGGAAACGGAGGAGGCGGCAAACAGACCAAGGAAAAAGCAGAAAACUGAGCAGCUGGGACUGACAAGAACUCCUGUUACAACCCUCUCGGGUCAUACAGAAUCAGUCUCUUCUGUACUUUGGUCCGAUACAGAUGAAAUAUGCAGUGCUUCAUGGGAUCACACAAUUAAGGUGUGGGAUGUUGAAACGGGGGGCCUCAAAUCAACUUUGACUGGAAACAAAGUGUUCAACUCUAUAUCCUACUCGCCAUUGUGUCGGCGUUUAGCCUCUGGAAGCACUGACAGACACAUUAGGUUAUGGGACCCUCGUACCAAAGAUGGUUCUUUGGUACUGCUUUCUCUUACUUCACAUACUGGUUGGGUGACAUCAGUGAAGUGGUCACCCACACAUGAGCAGCAGCUCAUCUCUGGUUCUUUAGACAACGUUGUCAAACUCUGGGACACAAGGAGUUGCAAGGCACCUCUCUACGACUUGGCUGCUCAUGAAGACAAGGUUUUGUGUGUGGAAUGGACAGAAGCAGGGUUGCUGUUGAGCGGUGGUGCAGACAACAAGCUCUAUUGCUACAGAUACCGAGCAGCCACCUCCGAUGAUGGAGCAUGAAAACAAAUGAAAAGCUCAUGAGAAUGAACUCUUCCGCUCGAUGUUCUUGCAACCUAUCAUACACAGCUGUAUAAAAUGUGUGAUUUAUGGUAUUAUAAAUCUUGCAUAUUAUACCUUGGGGCAA